GCUGUCCCCCCCCGGCAUGGCCCCGCUGUGGUGGUUGCUGGGCUCGCUGGUGGCCGCGGUGGCGGGGGGGGGGUCGGUGGAGCAGCCCCCCGCCUCCGAGCCCGCCUGCCCCGUGUGCCUGUGGCGGCGGCAGAGCAAAGAGCUGCGGCUGGAGAGCAUCAAGUCGCAGAUCCUGAGCAAGCUGCGGCUGAAGGAAGCGCCCAACAUCACCCGGGAGGUGGUGAAGCAGCUGCUGCCCAAGGCCCCCCCGCUCCAGCAGCUCCUGGACCUCCACGACUUCCAGGGGGACUCGCUGCAGCACGACGAGUACCUGGAGGAGGACGAGUACCACGCCACCACCGAGACCGUCAUCAGCAUGGCCCAGGAAACGGACCCGGUGGUGCAGAUCGAGGGCAGCCCGCACUGCUGCUUCUUCAACUUCAGCCCCAAGAUCAUGUUCACCAAGGUGGUGAAGGCGCAGCUCUGGGUGUACCUGCGGCCGGUGCAGCACACCUCCACCGUGUACCUGCAGAUCCUGCGCCUCAAGCCCGUCACGGACGAGGGCAGCCGCCACAUCCGCAUCCGCUCGCUCAAGAUCGAGCUCAACUCGCGCGCCGGGCACUGGCAGAGCAUCGACUUCAAGCACGUCCUGCAGAACUGGUUCAAGCAGCCCCACAACAACUGGGGCAUCGAGAUCAACGCCUUCGACCCCAACGGCAACGACCUGGCUGUCACCUCGCUGGGGCCCGGCGCGGAGGGGCUGCACCCCUUCAUGGAGCUGCGCGUCCUGGAGAACAACAAGCGCUCCCGGCGGAACCUGGGGCUGGACUGCGACGAGCACUCCACGGAGUCGCGCUGCUGCCGCUACCCGCUCACCGUGGACUUCGAGGCGUUCGGCUGGGACUGGAUCAUCGCCCCCAAGCGCUACAAGGCCAACUACUGCUCGGGCCAGUGCGAGUACAUGUUCAUGCAGAAGUACCCGCACACGCACCUGGUGCAGCAGGCCAACCCGCGCGGCUCGGCCGGGCCCUGCUGCACGCCCACCAAGAUGUCCCCCAUCAACAUGCUCUACUUCAACGACAAGCAGCAGAUCAUCUACGGCAAGAUCCCCGGCAUGGUGGUGGAUCGCUGCGGCUGCUCCUAGAGCCGCCCUGCCUCCCUCCUUCCCGGCCCGCCCGCCUCCCCCCGGCGCCGGGGGUGCCCCUCCGAGCGAGCCCCCCCUGCCCCCCGCGCCGCCGCCGCGGACUCCUCAUUUUUUCCGCUUUUUUUUUUUUUUUUUUUAAAAUUUUUUUUUGUUUUGUUUUGUUGUUGGUUCGGGGCGGGGCGGGAAGCGAAAAGUGACAAAGGCCAAGCGUUGAAAUCGGUUUGGACGGUGGAGGAGAGAGGAGGAGGAGGAGGAGGAGGAGGAGGAGAAUCCCACGGAGCAGCGACCCCGCGAUCCCACGCGCAUUGUGCAAUAAAGCGGCCGGACGGAGAAGGGAAGGGGGGCGGCCGGGACCCCCACGCCGCGCUGGCGACACGGGGACACCGCGGGGACACGGCCCCGGGUGGCGGCUCCCCCGGGCCAGCCCAGCGGGGAGAGCAGCAGCAGGAGGAGGAGGAGGAGGAGGAGGAGGAGGAGGAGGAAGAGCGAGCGCACCCCGCGUCUCCCCGUGCUCCUGAAGCAGCGCUGGGGACACCGCUGGUGACACCCAAGGGGGGGUGACCCCGCCGCCGCGGCCGCAGCGAGGUCCGGCCGCGGGACCCCCGGGACCGGGAGGAAAGCGCCUCCCUUCUUUAAUUUAUUUAUUUAUUAAUCGCCCUCCCGGCCGGCGCUCGCCCCGCUCCCUCCCCUCGCAGCCGGGGCCGGCUCCGGAGGGGCCGCUCCAGCCCGGAGAGCCCCGGGGACCCCCGGGCAAGGGCGGCUGCAGGGGCCGGAGCCUCCGCCCGGGCUUUGGAUCCAGCCCUGGCACCGGCCCCGGGGCCCCGGCGCUCCGCCGGGGGGUGAGGGCGGUCCGGCGGCCCGGGGGUCACCCGGAGGCGACACCAGAAUUGUUGGGAGGCUCCGGCUGGGGCUGAAAUUCCGCUUACGCCGCACAUUCGCCUCCCGCUGCCCUCGGAGGGUUUGGUUUGGUUUUCUUUUUUUUUUUUUUUUUUUUUUCCCUGUUGUUUGUGUUUGUUUCACGUGAGAACGAACCCCCCGCGUCUCCCGAGGCUCCGCCGCGGCUCCUGCGGUUCCCUCUCGGCCCCGAGCGAUGCGGGCGGGGCCCGGCCCCGGCGCCGGAGCGGCCGCGGCCGGAGGAGGCUCCGGGAAGGGGGAGAAGCCCCCGCGGCCCCCCGGGCCCAGCACUUAUCCCCAGGGUGCCGCAGGGGGACGCGGCCCCGUUCCGGGGGUCUCCGGGCGGGAGCGGCCCCGCAGCCGCGCAGCACUUAGCGGGACUCACGGGCCGGGGCCACUCGGCAUCUUUAGCACUUGUCGCCGGCUCCGCGACAGCCCCGCGGAGCCCCGAAGCGCUUACGGGGCCGAGGCAGCCCCAGGGUGAGGACGCGGCCCCCCCCGGGCCCCCCCUCCUGGCGCCGCAGCACUUAAGGGGCCCCUCGUGCCAGGCCGGUGCCACCGCCCGGUGUCACCGCCCUGGUGGCGCCGGCGGGGGCCGGGGCGAGGGGACGGGGAUGGGGACAGCCGGGGGGGGGGGGGGGGGGCCGGGAAGGGAAGGGAAGGGAGGGGUCCCUCAGCCCCCCAUGCUCCCCCAAAAGGGGCACAGCCUGGCCCCGUGGCCGCCAGCCCCUCGUGGUGGCCGCCAGCCCCUCGUGGUGGCCGCCAGCCCCUCGUGGUGGCCGCCAGCCCCUCGUGGUGGCCGCCAGC